CGCGGUGCGUCCACUGCCAGUUCGCGCUCCGACAGCCUACCACAGUCCCAGUACAACACGACGCCUCCCACAACUGCCGCCGUUCUCCAGCACCAUCGCCUCACGCUACCGGCGCCAAAAGACUCUCGCGUCCGCUGCAGGAACUGUGGGGAACCAACAGCCGCGCAGACGACUUCCGUGAGAGGAGACAGCUGUAUUGUCGUUUCGGAAACUGCUUCUGGAUCUUUCUCAGGGGACGUUGUUCCUCACUCCCUCUCUAGCGUCAUUGUAUUCGCUCUACCUACAGGCGCGCCAUGUCCCUGCAGCUGGAGCAGCUGGCGGAGCCGGCGGCGCUGCGCCUGGCCGCCGCCUGCCGCAGCAGGGUGUACCCGCCGGGCGCCUACCGUGUGCGGCCCAGCGGCUGCAUCGUCACCGACCUCUACCCGCAGCACGCGCAGGCGCUCAGGGACUUCGACGUCUACGAAGACGACCUCUGGAUCGCCUCCUACCCCAAAUGCGGAACAACAUGGACACAGGAGAUGGUCUGGCUGAUUGCAAACGAUUGCGACUUUAAAACUGCCAAGGAGAAGACUCUGAACGACCGAGUUCCGUUUUUUGAGAUGAUGACGGUGCUGGAACUGCCGCCGGAGAUCACGGACGAGGCUCUGAAGGGCGCCUACAGCGGCAACAUCAAACGGCCUCGCUACUUCAAGACGCACCUGCCCAGGGACCUGCUACCCAAGCAGAUAUGGACCAAAAAACCCAAGAUCAUCUACGUGUCUCGUGAUCCGAAGGAUGCAGCGGUGUCGUACUACCACCACCACAGACUCUGGAGCGGAUACACAGGCACCUUCAACGAGUUCAUGGACGCUUUCCUCGACGACUUGGUGCUCUUCAGUCCAUUUUGGAGCCACGUGCUUGACUACUGGAGUCUACGCCAUGAACCAAACAUUCUUUUCAACACAUAUGAAGAAAUGAAGAAGGAUCUGCCCGGGGUGAUUCGCCGCACGGCGCGCUUCCUGGACCGCCACCUGAGCGAGCAGCAGGUGGAGCAGCUGGCGCAGCACCUGAGCUUCAGCAGCAUGAAGGACAACCCGGCCGUCAACAACGAGAAGUACGUGCAAGAGGAGAUCCGCCGCAACCAGAUGGACGACCGCGACGGGCAGCUGCGCUUCGUGCGCCGCGGCGAGGCGGGCGGCUGGCGCGCUGAGAUGACGCCCGAGCUGGCCGAGCGCUUCGAGGAGUGGACGCGCCGACACCUCGAGGGCACCGACUACCGCGUCGGCGUCUCCGGCGGACACUGAACCACGCUUAGUCUUCCCAUAAUACGUCUUGGGAGCGCAAGCCCAACACAGUAGUUUUUACAUAACACUGUCAGCUGCCAGCAAGCAAACCUCCAUCUUCUUUCAUUCUCUUGUGGCAACAAUCACGAAAGCCUUUCCUGUUGCAGUAACGGGUUUGGACCAUCCAGUAAUCUUUAUCAGACUGAGAGCAGAUACUGACAGCACUGACAUUGUUUCAAUUGCUUUGUCGAAUUGAAAUAAUUGAGUUCGCAAAUCAAAGGGCAACGAUACGUCACUGCUUCCUGAGAGUGCUUUUCGUCCGAUGACGAAUACUGGCUGAUCGAAACUGCUUACUCUAUUGUGAAAUACUUUCGGGAUUAUCGUCAUUAGUAAAUAAAAGAAGACAAUUAAUCAGCAAUAUACUUCAUUAUUUGCGAAGAGAUCUUUCUUUGCUGCCAGUUUCAGUCUAUUUCACCAUCAUCUUGCAACAUACACAAUUUUUAUGUGGUGUCCGCAGAGCAUGGAGCGAACCACUACAUCCGCCUUAUGACAUGAAGAUGGCCGAUGAUGACCACAAGAGGUAAUUUCAUAUUUAAAUUGUUGUGAUUUUGCCAUACAAAUAAUUAUUAUUGGCGUCUACAGUACGACUGAGCUAUGGCUAGUUCCAAAAUAAAGGUUUAUUAGGUAGCUUAUGAGGUUACAUAAUAAUUUCUUCGGAUGUUUACGAACUGUGUGGCGCUGCCUAAACUUAUGUUUAAGGACAGGCAGCUGUUCGCCACUUCACUGCGUGGAAGCCGCUUGCAGCCAUUCAUUGCUGCUGAGAUGGUGUAGUUACUUAGAACUUCUAUGAUAGUCAUAGACUGGGAACACUAACUUCCGUUGUAGUGUGUUUGGUGUUUCAUUAUGUUAGUUUACAGCCAGUUACCAAAGAUAAACCAAUAAGUGAGCAAAUAAAACAAGGAAUAGGGAAACAACAACGUACGAGUGUUCCCGUGCAUUUAUUCAACCAGCACUGUUUUCGAGCAGUCUUUCUACUCCAAUUACCUUCUCAAGUGUUGUUAACACCUCUGUAUUUGUCUGUGAAUCUUUCUGCUGCCUGCGCAAUUGAAGACAGUUUUGGAGUUUAACAAUAGUUGCCAGUAGCUCCUCUGUAUUUCGACAUCGUCACACAAGACACUUGAAAACAUUAACAAAUUCUACAAGUAAAGCUGUCGCGUUCUAGACUAAGCAGUUCAAUAGUGAAGUGGUCAACAAAGGACAAACAGUUGACAAUAAAUUAUUUCGUCCUGCUUAUGAUUACACUACCGACUCAACUUUUAUUUAAUAAUACCGACAUUCAUAUCAAUCACAUCAUAAGGAUUUCAGGUAUAAGUGAAUCGUUUAUUUUUCUUUUAAAAUCAACAUCGUCUAAAUGAAUCAAGUUUCUGUAACAGGAGACCACAGGAAAGAAUACGUGCGUAUUUCACAUACUUAAAUAUGUUCUGAGAACUAAUGUCAUUCAGCUGCUCUAUACGUGAACACACGAAGUUUCCAGUGACACUUUUCAAACAAUCCCUUUUUUCGAUUUAUGUGAACGGGAAUUGAAAUCAAAUGUGGCCUAUAAGUACAGACAUUGUCAUUUCAUUUCUUUCAUUACAGUGUUCACACACAGUGAACCAAAGGAUUAUAGGCAUUAUAUGGAACUGCGAAAAACAAUAAGUUUUGGCGGAGUUGAUAGUGUUGACAGAGGUUUUCCCUCAGUACCGAUUCUGGAUGAAUGUCCCUCACGAGCCUAGUGCACUGUAGUUAACCUAAACAAAUUCAAAACCGAUAGUUUGUCCGUAUCUUAGUGACAGAUUAUUUUUAUGAAUAAAAGUUUAACUAAGCGAGAGAUUAUUAAACGAUAUGGCCAUAUAUUUUCGGGAGACGAGUAAAAAUUUACCGAAAAGUGUAGCGUGUUGUUUUAGGAGCAUUGUGUCUGCAACAAGCGAUUUGUUAUGAAGCGGAAAAAUAAAUUUCCGGCUUAUUUGUUCAAAGCACGUGGCAGAAUAUAUCAUUCGUGACACACAGCUGUAUAUCUUAACAGUAACAACAAAAUACUGUACUCAGUAAAUCGAAAUACCGUUGUUUCAAGCAACAAACUGCCUAUAAUCGUUCAGUAAAUUCAGGUUACUACUUUUAUAGCUCCCUUGUUCAAUUCAUAAGACAUUUCGUGUGUGUCAUGGAUAAAAGCGUUCAGCAAUCGCGAACCGUAUGCAAAUGACAUUCAAAUGUACAAAUGUUUAUUUGCUGAAGUUAAGGUAUUUAUGUAGAGUUUCAACCAGACGGGUAGGGUGUAUACAUAAUAAAUUAAUGGCAACUGGGAUUCCUUUCUAGUCCCCUGCAGUUCUUGCGUUAUUUUAUAGUAAAUAUCCUUCUAAUAAUUACACCUGUAUAAUAAAGCGAAGGAGUAAAAUGUGUCUUCUGCUACUGAAUUUCAAACGACAUACACAAGCAAGAAACAAAUCACGGAAACUAGCAGCCCAGAAUUCUACGUCUAACUUUACUAUUCCUAUAAAACAAUUGAAAUUUGUCUGAUUCAAAGCUCUUUACGUUUUUGAACACUGUUAUUUUCCAACAAUUUGCAAACAUCAAACGAAACUUGCAAGUAAAUCACAACUCAUCAAACUGCACCUAAUGUCAGCAUUGAUACCAUGUUCCACGACCAACCAUGUUUCUCAUGGGGGGUGUUACAAAAUUUUGCAAAUAUAGUGACAUCAUAGUUCAAUUUAUCAUUUUAAACUCAAGUCUAGCACCAUACGCCGGACAGCACUGAAAAGACCGUCGUGAUGUACUUUCUAGCUCUCCAGACGACUUAGUGACUUUAAUGGUUACCUGUACAGUUAUACAGUCCUUCAAGGAACACAACGGAAGAGAAUUGUAAUUCUGUAGCCUCUAUGCAAGUCAUAUAGCUUUCUUUUGUAAUUUAACGUCUAUUCUACAUCGGUGAACGAGUUUAUUCUGUUCGUUGUUAUUUGUGUGAAAUGACGAUAUGCUUGUUGUUGUUGAUAUGCUAAUAUUUUUAUGCACAUGCUGUGUUGGGAAAAUUUGUGGUCUCAUUAACACGUGAUUAUAUAUCUGUAAUUGUUGUUAUAAGUUCUAAUACUAUAAAUAUUAUUAUACAAAACUUGUAUGUAACCCCAAA